AUGCAGACAUUGGCAUUUCUCGUUUUCAUAUUUUCUGUAACCGUUGUGACGGCUGUUAAGGAUAACAGCGAUCCUGGAUAUGCCAUUCUCAAAUUUAUGGAACGAUUUCAAGCAAAUUUAAAAGAACCGAUAAAUUUGUCUGAAGAAAUAAUUUGCAAUUGCUCGUAUGCUGGUUGUGGUGAGGAGAUUACCCGUUUUUUGGGGAGUAAUUACACAGGAAUUUGUCGAUCCACUAGUGGAAUAUGUCAUAAACGUUUAUUGUCCGAUCGAUCGGUUAUCCUAAGUUGCUUGAGUAAAGAUGCCAGUCCUGAUUUGCAUUGCCGAGCCAAACAGCCAAUGAAUGAUGGAAGUAUAAUGCAGUGUUGCCAGAAUUAUUCGUUUUGUAAUGGAGCUCUGGAUUUGAAUCCAUUAAAUUAUUAUAGUUCGGACAAUAGCAUACCAUUAAUUCGCUGUCUGAUUAUCUUUUUGAUAGGAACUGCUAUUUUUGCGUCUUCUGUGUUCUUAAUUCUUGCUUGGAUAAACAAACCGUUGAAGCGAUGGAUAUUUUACUGGGCACAUCAUGAUUCUGGCGAGGAGUACUCCGAAGUUACUGGAGAGGAAAAACUGCUGAUGAACUCAACGGAUGCUUUAGGACAUUUGAGCGAUUUACUAUACAAUUUAGAUGAUUCUGCCACCACUGGCUCUGGUUCAGGGUUUCCAUUACUUGCUCAACGUACUAUCGCUCGUCAAAUCGAACUGCAGAAAGAAAUUGGGCAAGGACGUUUUGGAGAAGUUUGGUUGGGAUAUUGGAAAGGUGAUGAGGUCGCUGUAAAGAUAUUUAGUUCACGUGAUGAAAAGUCAUGGAGUCGAGAAGUCGAGAUUUUUCAAACAAAUCUUCUCCGACAUCCAAAUUUGCUACGUUUUAUUGCAUCUGACAAUAAAGAUACUGGAACGAGUACCCAGUUGUGGUUAAUAACUGAGUACCACGAACAUGGUUCUCUUUAUGAUUAUUUAUCUUCAAACAUUGUCAGUGAACCAGUGAUGUUGCAAAUGAUUCGCAGUAUUGCAACUGGCUUAUCUUUUUUACACAAUGAAAUUCCUGGAAAGCCAGCCAUUGCCCAUCGUGAUCUAAAAUCAAAGAACAUUUUGGUGAAAUCGGAUCUGGUUUGCGUGAUUGCUGAUCUUGGUUUGGCAGUACGAUACAUGAAUGGUGAGAUAAAUAUUCCAGACAACAGCAAGUGUGGCACUGUUCGUUACCUGGCCCCAGAGAUAUUGGACAACAGUUUUCCAAUGAAUCAUUUCGAAGCCUAUAAAACUGCUGACAUGUAUUCGAUGGGUCUUAUUAUUUGGGAGAUUAUGUGGAGAUGCGGAAACCAAGAAAAAUCAAGACAGUUUGAACUACCAUACUUUGACUUUGUGGGCCGAGAUCCAACAAUGGAGGAGAUGAAAUUGUGUGUCUGUGUACAGAAACGACGACCUACUAUUCAAGAGCACUGGAUUGGUGAUAAGGUGAUGGGAGGAGUGUUGCAAAUGAUGCAGGAAUGCUGGACAGCAUCGCCGGUGUGUCGGCUUACGGCAAUGAAUGUUCGUAAAGCAGUGGAUCGUCAAGCAGCCAGUUUAGGCUGGAAAAUUCGAAGUUAG